UGUAAAUAUUCACUAUUAUUAUACACAUUGAGAAUUUUUAUAAUCAUUUCUACUAUUUAACUUAUUUUUUUAAAUUUUUAUGAUGAUUCUUUCAUGUGAUGUUUUUAACGUCAAAAUGUCUCAUCUCACAUUUUAUCGUUCUCUUUCAAAUCUAUCGCAUUUCUUCCUUUAAAUUCCCAAAUAAUAUCAAUUUGUAUCAAAAUGUUGGAAAUAUUCACGAAUUUGUUCUAUAUUCUGAAAAAAGACAUAAAGAAGCCAUGUUUGAAACCAAAGUCUAGCCAAGUUAGGCAUCACAGAAUAGUUGGUAGGGGAGGUGGAGUUUUUAGGCUUAAUAAGCGCACUAAAUUACCUGCCAAACCGAUAGUUCUUCCGUAUCGGAGAUGUAUGCUAUUGGGGAAGAUGGACAAUACAAAGGCUAUGCAGAUAAGCCAUUCAGGAGUGAAAACUCGUAAGCCUCAGAAGUUAAAUUUACAUUGGAAAAGGAUUUGGCAUCCUUUGAAGAAGUACUUUAUAAGACUUAGGAUUACGAUGCGUGGCCUUAAAACAAUUAAAAGACUCGGAAUCGUUGAAGCGGCCAGGAGAUUUCACCUAAAUAUCGACGACCCGAAGUUAUUUGCAGGCUACGCUAAUCUUAAGCAAAAGGAUCCUGAACCUACUACUGAAACUGUUACUACUAGUGUUCCAUCUACCGUUAGCACUGAAGUUACCUAAUUUUAUACAAUAUA